GCUAGAACAUGUAACCCAUCUAUUACACAUAGGCAAUUUGGUAAGUAAUUUGGGAUUUGAUACUAAUAUCUGAUGAGAAGCAUAUUAUUUUAGGUACCUGGCGCCAGAGUAUGCAUCCUCUGGAAAGCUGACAGAUAAAUCUGAUGUUUUCUCUUUUGGAGUGAUGCUACUUGAGCUAAUCACUGGACGGCGACCUGUUGAUCCUAGCCAAAGUUUCAUGGAUGACAGCCUGGUUGACUGGGCAAGGCCUUUGUUGACUCGAGCUCUUGACGAAGGCACUUAUGAUGCCCUAGUUGAUCCACGGUUGGGAAAGAACUACAAUCCCAGUGAUAUGGCGUGCAUGAUUGCGUGUGCUGCUGCUUGCGUUCGCCACUCUGCAAAGCGUCGGCCAAAGAUGAGUCAGAUUGUUCGGGCCUUGGAAGGAGACGUGUCUCUUGACGACUUAACUGAAGGAAUGAGACCUGGUCACAGCCGGUUCUUCGGAUCGUACGGUAGCUCGGACUAUGAUUCGGUCCAGUAUAAUGAGGACAUUAAGAAAUUCAAGAAAAUGGCGUUCGUAAGUCAAGAUUAUGCUAGCAGUCAAUACAGUGCACCGACCAGCGAAUAUGGUCAGAACCCAUCAGGAUCAAGCAGUGAAGGCCAACCGACUCAAGAAAUGGAAAUGGGGAAGACAAAGAAAGAUAGUCACGGAUUUGACCGAGACUCUUCAAAUUUCUGAGAUUUUGAUAAGCUGUAAAGUUUGAUUUUACCCCAAAACCCGUAAUCCUGACUCGUUCGUGUGGAAGGAUGAUAGCGUGAGCGAUAUGUAGUUUUUCGUAGGAUUGAGAUGCUUUUCUUUCACCUUUUUGAUCUUCUACAUUAAUGUAUGUGGCUUCUAUUUGCGAUAUUCUGAAGAGCUAGCUGAUGAUUCUUUUCAUUGUGAAUAAAUGGUCCCAGGUGGUUUUCUUACA